AUGCAACAUGAUGAGGACAACUCUUGGUGUGCCAGUGAUUGUGCAAAAGGUGCAGAAGAACAUGAUUCAUCGGACGAUGAGGACAGUGAGCAAAUUUACGUGCCGAACAAUCCACUCGAGUGGACCGCGGAGCACGUGAGUGCGUGGACGCUGUGGGUGUCGAAGAAUUUUAAGAUUUUCCCGCCACUCGAACCGGCCCGUUUUCCCAAUGGUGGUGAAGAAAUUGCCAAAUUCACAAAGGCGGACUUUUGGGUGUGUGCCGGGAGUAAAGCCGGCGGUGAUACUUGUGCAAAACACUUUGCUCAUUUGAUGCAAUGUGCGACGGGAGCUGAAGAUAAGCAGUUAUAUAACGACGUCGAUCCAGAACCGUAUCAACUUCUCAACGCCGCUUCACAUAGAUUGGUAUCUCAAGGAGGACAAAUUCAGCUGUGGCAAUUCCUUUUGGAAUUGCUCGCCGAUUCUUCAAAUGCGCCCUACAUCUCUUGGGAAGGAACAAAUGGCGAAUUCAAACUAACGGAUCCAGAUGAAGUCGCACGCCGAUGGGGAGAGCGAAAAGCCAAGCCGAACAUGAAUUAUGAUAAACUCAGCCGAGCCCUCAGAUACUACUAUGAUAAGAACAUCAUGACGAAAGUGCAGGGCAAGCGGUACACAUACAAGUUCGAUUUCCACGGCCUCAUGGCAGCCUGUCAGGCGCAGGCACAACUCACUGAUACCGCCAGCAGUGGCAGCAGCAGUGCGAAUAUCCUCUCCGGUGGCGGCUCGUACAGUUCCAGCCCAACAUCGACCUCCUCGAUGAAAUCGCCAUUGCCAAUUUCAUCGACCAACCCCAGCCCCACGCAACUACAGCCCUUCGCCGCCUCCUCAACCGACAGCCCGUCGGCCACGACGUUGCUGACGACGGCAACGAGUGGCAACUGGUCGCCAUACGCCACAUCGUACUCUAAUCUGCAUGUGCCGUCUUGCCACGCUACCUCAUCCGAUACCACUUCCGGCCCGUCGGUCACCUCCUGCCCUUCGACACAAUCCAAUCCCUGCACAAGCGACUCGAUCAUCUACACCGACGCGUCGAUCUCCUCCUCGCGACUCUGUUAGGGUAAAAGUCUGCCAGCAAGGUCCUUAU